AUGUUCAUGUUUACGUAUGAUGCUAGCCCGUGCUUCGCAUGCAGCUUAAAUGACAUACGCUCAAAACCCGGUAUAGUUGAAGAGGCGACUAUAACAGCCGCCGGGAACGACUCAGCUCCAGACAGUCCACAUAAAGAUAUCAAACUGCCGCACAACGAGGCAAACAUGAUAGUCGACAUCGUCAUCCCGUCGCUGUUGAUAGCGGCGCUGUUUAUUGGGAACGCGUUCAUUGUACUCAUCAUAUACAAAUAUAGGAAACGGAAAACCGAGGAUCUAGACGACGAGUUCAACACCAUUCCGCUAAGCGUCAACGGGCUUCACAACGCCGGUAAUGCUGUUUAG